UCAUGUGACUCCGACAGGGUUUACGGCACCAGCAAAGGGGAGAUGAAAUGCCAGCGGUUAUCGCUGAGGCUUUAGCAAUGAAAGGUCCAAGGCCGACCAGUAGCGGCAGCGGCAGCAGCAGUGGGGAAGAAGACGGAGACGCAGAGUGGAAAGCUGCCAUUCAAUCAAUAGCCGCCGCCACCACUGCAACUUUCACCCCUAUUGGUUUCAACACUUCCUUCUCCAACAGCUCCACAACAACAACAACUACUAAAGCAAAAACGACAAGAAACAACAGUGUGUCCCGUCCAACCCCAGAUACACUUGAUGAUGAUGCCGAUGAUGGAGAGAAAAAACAGCAACCCCAGAAGCUUAAACACUUCCAAAUCAAGGCACAGAAGCUUUUGGAUGAAAUGUUAGAGAAGAGCUUAGUGAUAGUGAAGGAUGCCAAUAAUGUCCCAGAUGAUGAUAGUGUGGAAAAUGAAGGUGGAGUUCGGUUAUUUAAAAAUUCUGCUCUCGGGAUAGUAUUUGACUGUGGAGAUGAUAUUCAACGACCUACAAAGAGACCAAAAAUCCUUCCUGGGACAGGGAUUGAUGAGAACUCGAAAGAGUUUAGACGACAACUGCGGUCUAUAGCAGUGGAUGGGAAAGAUAUAUUGGCUGCAGCAAGACAAUCAAGCCAGAAAUCAUUAGCUAGCCUAGAAGCUAAAUAUGCAGCCGCAAAAGAAAAAGCCAAAAGAGAGGAAGAAAGAGUAGCAGAGCUGAAAAGGAUUAGGGGGGAGAGGUGGCUACCUUCAGUGGCUAGAGAGAUGCAGCCCAGUUAAAUAGAAGUUCUGAUCAACAAGAAUAGGCAAAUCCUUGCAAGCUGUUUCAAAUGUUGGUUUCCUUGAUGAUUAUCCCUGAUUGAAAGUCAUGUUUGUCACUUAAUCUGGGAAUUCCAUAGCGAUCCCCCCC